UUGCAGAAUGAAAUAUUUAAGGCUGUAUGCGCUUGUGUUCCUCCGAAUGUUUCGUCCUCGCUUCGUUCUGUCUCCAUAGUAGCACCGGGUGUUGCAGAACCUGUCAAAAAUACAGUCGCUCAAUGUCUUACUUCUUCAUUCGCAUCUUUGACUGAGCCCUUUGGCAGUCUAAAAGCACCUCUUGUUCAAAGGGUCUCUGACCAACCUUCUGAGACCAUAAUUACUGGCUCAACUGUUGCCAGUGUUGCUGGCGUUGCCUUGACUGUAGAUAAAAUGGCUAUUAAGAAACCUGAUAAUCAGCCAGCCGGAGAAUGUAACAUAUCAUCUUCACGAGAGAAAAACAGUCAAGAUCCGAUGACCGAGCUUGCAUUUCAUCUGCAUCUCGUCACUAAGAUGACGCCUUCUGUCUCAUUCGCAGAAUCAAGGUCAUCUACAGAGGACUUACGCUUUUGUCUACUCAGUCAAUCUGGCAUCCAGACAGUCCUGAAAGCGUUACGCAGCCCAUUAAUCAAGGAGCUUCUUCUUCUUGAAGAGGGCUUGGCUCAAAUGACCAACGCACAGGCCUAUUUUUUUCAACUAUCCAGAGUUGAAGCUAGCCAGGCGAAUGAUAGACCCACUUUAUCCUUGGCCCAGCUGGCUUACUGGUCAGGGCUAGUUGACACAUUGAGCUGUCUAGCAGCCAGCCUCAUUCACAGGUUGUCCAUCAUGGUUUCUAUUUGCCGAGAAGAACAUCGGCACCAUCCAUCACUAUAUACGGUUGGGCGGCACCACAGUCAUCAUCAUCGGCGUCCAUCUGGUGUGAGUAUAGAGACGACCAAGCAAUCCAUAUCUGCCCAUUCGCCAGACUGCUCCGCUCCAUCUACUUCGGCUGCCGCAACUCAUUUCUCAGACAGCAAUGAGACAAUGAAGACCACUCUAGCUGCAUCAUCUUGCAGUCCAUCCACAAGUCCUAAGGUCAAAUCCAGUUUUCAGUCUAGUUCACCAAUUUUCUCAUCUACUUCUACUACUACAACGUCAGUGCCUGCACGUACUGAAGUUAUCAAUGGGGCAUUAAAACCCACGAUCGAUUCUACAAUCAUUAUCGGCCAGACGCCCACUAACACCAUAUCAAGCAAUAGAACUCGCCAAACGAGAUCGUUGGGGUCCAAAAGCUUGACCACCAAGGUGGUGGCUAGUCGGCGGCAACGAAUCCAACUGAAAAAAUACCUUUUGACGAAAGUAGGUUUCUCAAGUGCAUUGUUUUACUCUUAUCACCAUCUAAAUGUAGUGCUAUAA